AUGAUUCCGGCGAAAAAUUCUAUUCCAUAUUCAGCCCUUAUCAAGUUUUACACGAAUAUGUGGGAAGUAAUGCGAACUAGUCAGGAGAAACAUGAAGGGUCGCCGUUAGUAUCACCCACCAACACAGUGAAGUCGCCAAAUCGAACCAAUAACAAACCAGCAUCUGAAAUGUCGGUUAUCGUAGAUCCAGAAUGCUCCGGUGAAGAUGCAGAAGAUGGUGUGGUCUAUCCCGAGCCAACACUUUUUGACCCGAGAACAACACAUAUCACCGAAGGUCAACUGGAACAGUUGCGAAAAGGGAAAAGCCUUGAUAAAUAUGUGCCACCAAACUUGCCCGACGCCAAUGCGCCCCCGAACAAAAUCGUUGAAUUUUUGAUGAGUCACCGAAUGCUAAAAGAGGGAGAAAUUGUGCAAGUAAACUCGUACAGAACGAAAACAAAUAAGCUGUCAUACCGGUUAAUAAAGAAUAACAUUGAUAGGGAAUUUGAUCAGAAGGCAUGUGAGUCUUUGAUAAAGAAACUGAAAGAUAAAAAGACUGACCUGCAAAAUCUCAUUGACGUUGUUGCGAGCAACGGAGAGAAAUAUGAUGGCUGCAUCACUAUUCAGCGAACAUUGGACGGACGCCUUCAAGUUCAUGGACGUAAAGGCUUCCCGCAUGUUGUAUAUGGUCGACUUUGGCGUUUCCCAGAAAUGUCAAAAAAUGAAACCAGACACGUUCAGCAUUGUAAACAUGCGUUUGAAGCUAAAAGCGAUUUGGUUUGCGUUAAUCCAUACCAUUAUGAACUUGUGCCUGGAGCAAUGCUCCCGCCGCAUCGUGAGCUUCGGGAAUCGCGAGAAGAUCCACAGCCGAGCACCUCUACCGUUCCAACAGUGGUGCCGAAGCGAGAAGUGCCCAUUCCGAUGCCACCCAUACCGAUACCCAGAACGCAAAUGGCACAACAACAUGCAGCUCGUGCAUCGCAAAUGCAUACAAUGCAGCAACCGAUGCCGCCACCAAUACCUCCGCCAUUGCCACCAUCGAUGGCAUCAAUAGGGCCACCAUCAUUGGGCCCUGCACCAAUCCCUUCAUCGUCGGUUCCGCCGCAAACAGCUACCCCGAUACAAUCAAUAACGCCGAUGCCACCGGCGACGGGGAUGACGCCACUGCAGAUGCAGCAAAUGCAGCACAUUAACGCGAUGCAGCAGCAACAGCAGCACAUUCAUCAGCAAGAUUUCCGAAUGUCGAUGUCGUCAAUGUCUUCUUCAAUGCCAACAAUGCCAACGAUGCAGGAGAUGCAUCAAAUGCAGCACAUGCAGAAUAUGGGAGCUAUGUCGAACAUGCAACGGCCGCCAAUGCCAGGAAUUGACCAGAUUCAUCCAGGCCACCCAAUGCAUCCCAUCCAAUCGCAUAUCCAUCCAUAUGUUUCAAUGCCUCCAAUGGGCCAAAUCGAUCAUGGACAGCAAAUGCCGCUAAUCGAAGGACCAUCUGCUCAACCAAUUGAGCAAGGCCAGUCAGUGCUCCCAAUGGGAAGAGGACUUCCAAUGGGCAGAGGAAUUCCUAUGGCUCGCGGACAUCCGAUGCAUCAGAUGAAUCCGGGACAGCAAAUGAUGGCGAUCGGACGUGGUCAUCAAAUGCAGGCAAUGGGAUCAGGGCAUCAAAUGCAUCAGAUUUCAGAACAGAGUCAACAGAUGAGAGGAAUGUCAACGAUGGGACCAGGACCGUCAAUGUCGCAGAUGGAGCAUGAGAAGCAACUGAAUCCAUACGCAUCACUUGAACAAGGACCAUUGGACCGAGGACAACAACUGCACACAUUUGGGACCAUGGAACAAGAACAUAAAAUGCAUUCGAUGCAGUCGAUGGAUCAGAAACGGCAGAUGUCAGCAGUACAUUCAAUGGAUAAUGAAAACAAAAUGCAUUCAUUUGUACCACUGGAACAUCAAGAACCGCCACAACCUGCAAGGUCGACCGCGCAAUCAGAUGAUCUAUUCUCAUUAUUUGACAAUGGGAUGCCGCUUGAGCCAAUUUCGGACGAAGAUCUCAAGAAGGAGCUGGAUGCGCUGGAGGCAGAGCUAGAUAGCAUUCCGAUAAGUAAAACUGAGUCGCAAGAGCAAAGGCAUGACACAAAAUCAAUGGAACAUGGCCAGCCAAAGGAAACAAAUAAAAAGGAGAAGUCCAAGCCGCAAAUGAAGCCGAUCAAGAGAAUGGAAGAUAUGCCUUUGUGUAUGCGUUCAAUCAAGCCAAUGCCUCUCAAUCAUCCUGUGCCGGAGUGCAUUCCACCACUAGUUUCACAUCUUCGCUUCCAAGGACCAGAAGUUGCUGAAUUGAGUAAGCCGAUCGAUUCCGAUUCGGAUACCGAGGAGAGUCGGCUUGCGAAAGACACGGAGAAAAAUUUGUCAAUUGAUGAGAAGCCAUCGAGCAGCAGAGAAGUUGACAAACUGAAGAAAAUGCAAGAAGUUAAAAAGAUCAAUGAGACGAAGAAGAUGAAAAAAGCCAAAGGAGCUCGAGGUGGACGACGUUCUAAAGCAGCUAUCGAGGCCAAAGAAAAAAUCAAUCCGAUGGACGUUGUUGUGACGACGGGAAAAAGGAAUUUUUAUCGAGAAGGCAUCUAUCCAGAUUUUCUGGAUCCCUUGAAAGCCAGAGAUUCGAACGAUGAUGAGGAUGCAAAUGAUUUGGAGCUACUAGAAGAAAUGAUGCCACACGAUAAAAUUGAUUUGAUCUCACAAGUUAAACCACCGCUACCUGUACGUUUUCCACCCGUCGACGAAAUGGCUCAACAAAUUGGACAACCGCCACAAUCAGAUUUGCCUCCGCCACCAAAGUACAUGAUGAAGCCAGAAGUGAGGAAGGCUGAUGUUGCCGCAGUGGUAGCAGCUCAGCCAGCAGUGAAAAAAUCGGGUAAAGCUGCUGAUGAGGAGAGAAAUACGGGUUCGCCUUUCCUAAAACUGGAUGAUUGUCAACCGAAUUUGACUCGCCAUCCCCUUCAACAACGUCCAUUCCUUCAUCCUGUGACGCGUUUGUACAAGAAGGAAAAAGGUUACUUUGGCGACGAAGAUGGCCAAGGCGAGACAUCAACAAUUGGAACCCAAAAUGCAACUGAUUCGUAUUCAGAACAACAGAAAUUUUUGGACGUGUUCAAUAACUUUCCACAAAACGAGCAAGGAGAAUCUGACACGGUGCUUCCAAAUAACGUGCUACCAUCAUCAACACAUUUGCAACUGGCUCAGGAAGUUGUAAAGCACUUUUCUGGAUUCCCUGAAACGGCCGAUCAGAAUAUGAGCUUACCAAUGCAAGUGAAUGAGGUUUUUCCUAUGGGAAAUAUGCCUCAAAUUGUUGCGUCUUCCAACAAAUCCAAUCCGCCGAAAAUGGUUUCUUCCUCCUCUGCAACACCGCUUGAUCAGGAAAUGAGAAAUGACCCAACACCAAUGGAUACAAAGUCACCGUUGACAAUGCAUACUGCUCGAUCCAGUCCGAUAGGAAUGGAGCAAAGUUCGACAUCACUACCGAUAGAGGAAAAACCUACUCAAUCGGAAUUGGUAAUGAUGCGAGAGACUCAGGAUUCAGGACGAUUUUCAACGGACACGCAACAAACAACACCAUUUCCACCGGAUCAGAAGCCUCAGGAUCUUGACAAAUUCGCAACGGGAAGCCAAAAAAUGCAAACGAAUUCGCUGACCCCAAUGAAGGAUCAGGCUCAACAAUCGACUUCGUACCCAUUGGCACAUCAGCCAACGCAAUCGACCUCAAUUCCAAUGACGCAGCAGGAAGCUCAGUCAAAUUCUAUUCCAAUGACGCAACAGCAAAACUCGUACCCGCUAAAUUGGCAAUCAGGACAAUCCACCUCAUUCUCAAUGAAUCAGCAUGAUGCGCCAAACUCAUUCCCGAUGAAUCAACAUCCGUCACAAUCGAACACAUUCCCAAUGAACCAGCGGCCGUCGUAUUCGACUUCAUUUGAUAUGGAUCCAACACAUUCAGGCUCGUUCCCGAUGAAUGAGCAUUCAGCUUAUGCAAGCGCGUUCCCAAUGGCAAAGCAGACGCAAAAUUUGAACUCGUUCCAGAUGAGAGAACAAUCACAGAAUUCUAGUGCAUUCCCAAUGAAUCAUCAACCAUCAACGAGUUCCAGCGCAUUUCCCAAUGAUCAACAUAAUUUAAACUCAUUCCCAAUGGGACACGAGCCUCAAUUCCCGAUGGAGCAGCAUCCACAGCACUCAACUCAUUUUUCAAUGAGCCAACCAUCGCAGCUUUCAACACAAUUCCCAAUAAAUCAGCAACCGCCAUAUUCUAGUGCAUUUUCAUUUAAUCAGCAACCAUCGCACGCCAAUCAAUAUCCAAUGGGCCAACAAUCGCAGCAUUCGACACCUUUUCCGAUGAAUCCGCAAUUGCAGCAGUCGGGACAAUUUCCGACGGGAUCUCAACCGCAACACCAAGAUGGACGAUUUCGCACUGAUCAACAACAAUCGAGUGGAUUUCGAGCCGAUCAGCAGUCGCAGCAAAAACGCGAUCGAUUUCGUGCCGGACAACAGCCUGAACAAUUUCCAAUGCAGCAACAAGCCGGCCGAUUUCGCACUGAGCAACAAUCCGGAGGGCGAUUUCGCGGCCAAUACGAGCCAGGAAACUAUUCAAUGGGACAACAAUCCCAACAGCAAUCUGGUCGAUUUCGUAGCGAACAGCAAUUUCAGCAGCAACACGGUAGAUUUCGCAACGAUCCGCAAUCCCAAUCACUAUUCGGACAAUUUCGCCACGAACAACAGCCGCAAUCAUCCGGCCAAUUUCCAAUGGGACACCCGUCUCAGCAACACCAACCAGGGAGUUUUCGCACCCAACAACAGUCACAACAACUGGAUCAAUUUUCAAUGGAGCAACAACCACGGCAACAAUCAGAAUCAUACCCGAUAGGACAACAGCCCUAUAAUUCGGAGUCAUUCGCACAGUCGCAAUCAUACAAUCAGCAACAUCAACGCCAACAGGAUGUUGAUCAAUAUCAGCAACAUAGGAAUAAACAACAAUACGAUUUGAAUAAUCCGCAACCACAACCUCAAAAUCAAGAUGACCCUCAAAACCCGGAGCGAGAGCAGAAUUUUCGCUUGCUGGAUGAGAAACCAGAAUUCCCAACUGAUCAGGAGCUAAAUAUUGAUCAGAAAGAUGAACAGAAAAUUGGGCAGCGAUUUCGGAGUCUAGAUCAACAAAAUCCGACGCAACAUUAUCGACAAAUGCAGGAGCAGCAAAAUGAGCCUGAAACAAAAAAUGCUGAACUGCACCAGUCGACACAAUCACAAAUUGGUUCUCAUCCGGAAAUGCAACCUCAAACUCAAGCUCCAACUGAACAACAAUCUCAAGCUCACCCACAACAAAAAUCGCAGACACAAGAUUGCCCCCCACAACAACAACAUCAAUCCCGUUCUCUACAACGUCAAUCACGCCAUCAAAACCGACUAAGAGAAUCUCAAAGGAAUCCUGAAGCUGAACUAUCGAUUCGCGAUCAAGAAAUAUUGAGAGAGCAGCGUGCCAAUGAACGAUUCAAACGAAAUCCAUUGGAAUACGUCCCUUUACGUCCCGGCCAGUAUGUCGAGGUACCCGAUCUCCGCGACAGACAUGAAAGGCAUUUGAUUGCGCUGGACCCCGAGGAAGACGAUGAAUCCUUUUUUGAGCGAGUCCGAGAACGUCAAAACGCCCCACCACCAAAAACGCCGCCUCUACCACCACCAUCAUCUCCGCCGUCAGAACCAACAUCGCGGCCGUCAACACCGAUGCUAAAUUAUCCGGAGUAUGAAGGAUUGCUUUAUCGGCCAGGGCCCGAAGAUGAAGAUAAUUCCGUUCGUCGUAUACAACCAUCAAUCAAACCGCUCCCGUUGGCCCCUGAUGAUCGUGGCGAGAAGUAUUCAUUCGACUACCAUUCGUUCUACAGAGGCUACGUUGAGCAAUACAUUCAGCCAGACCAAUUAAAAAAUCGGCCAACCAAGGAGCAUUUCCAAGAGCAGCUGAAAAAGCAACGCGCCCAUGAUGCGAACAAACGAAUUCACAUUCAGCCAACCAUGCCGCAUGUGAAUCGCGCGGAAACCCGACAACAGCCAUAUAACAAGAAGAAUUGGCGGGAUUUUCGGAACGGACCUGCUAAAGAAGGUAACUCGAGCAGGAACACACGUCAAGCCAAUGAAAAAACAACUGAUGAGUAUGAUGAGCCAAUGGACGAGGAAGACGUGGAUUUAGUAGGUCCGUUAGCGAUAUUGGCUUCAAAAAUAGCUGCUGAAGCAAAAAUACGUGGGCAAAUCCAAGAUGUUUAUGAUUUCGGACCGCUGCCCCAACUUUCAUAUCCGCCAGUUUAUGACAGAUACGGAAAUCCUGCAAUUAGCAUCAAUGAGUUUCGUCAGCAAUGCAAAAAGCUGUUUGGCACGAAAUUCUUUGUUAAUCCUGAAGAGAAGGCACGACGAGAAAAGGAAUCUGAGGAGGCUUACCAAAGAAUGGUUGAGUUAGAUCGGCAAGAUCGUGAAGAAGAAGCGAAACGAAAAGAAGAGCGACGAAAGAGAAGAGAAGAGAGACAAAAACGUAGAGAUGCUGGUGAAGUUGUGUCGGAAUCGGAGAAAGGAUCGUCUACUGAUGACAGCGACGAUGAUCAGGAGUAUGAAGAUGAAGAUGAAGAAGAGGAAGAAGAAGUGAAAGUGAAGGAAGCUGCUGAAGGAGAUCUUAAAGAACUCGCUGAAAAGAUGGAUGAGACAAACGCGGAUUCUGCGAAUCAAGCUACAACUACUGUGAAGAAGAAAAGGAGAAAGCGAUAUACUGGAACUGGGGUUACUCAAACUCCAAUUGUCGGUGUAUUUGAAAAUAGAAAGACAAUUAUUGAAAAUCGGAAGAUUGUAAGACCCAUUCCGAGGGAUGGACCAUUUGGCGAUCUUGGAGAGAAUAUCAGAGAAAUGACAUUCAACACUCUUUUAGUGUCCGGUGAAGAGCCGGAAACCAAGAAAGGUAGUGAUGCUGAUGAAUCCGAUGAUAUUAUUACCAACUAUUUUACGAACAUCAACAAUGAGUCUAAAAAUGUUGAAUGGGCUACUGUUGUUUAUUAUGAGGAAACAUCGCGAAUUGGAGAAAUGAAGGUCUGCUACAAUGAUUUCAUUGUUGAUGGUGGUUUUUUGAACACCAGUGCCAAGUUUUCACUAGGUCUUUUGCCGCAUCCAUUGCGUACUUUGGCUUCCAUGCGAAUUCGUUCGGCAAUUAUUGACGGAAUUCGAUUUUCAUAUAAGGACAAUGGCGACGUCUGGUUGCAGAAUCAAAUGAAAUGGCCAAUAUUCGUAACUAGUGGUUAUUUGGAUGAUCAGCGGUGCAUUAAAGGAAUGCAUCUCGUAUAUAAAAUUCACGGUGGCGCAAAAUUAAAGGUUUUUGGAUAUAAUGUCAUGAAGGAGAUUAUUCGUGAUCGGCUUUAUUCGGCCCACAUGGCCGCGAUGUUUCUACUUGGUAAAAAGACUCCUAUGGAUCAUGUUUAUAAGAAAAUGCAUAAAGUCGACCUUAAAAGGGAAGCAAGAAAAGGAUCUGACGCAUUACAGCACCAAUGUUGUGUACGGGUUUCAUUUGCAAGAGGUUUUGGAGGAGCUUAUGAAGGCAAGGAAAUUUAUGAUACCCCUUGCUGGAUCGAAGUCAAAGUCAAUGGAGCUUACGAAUUUAUGGACAGAAUUCUCACUGACAUUCAAAUUACGACAGAUCCGUUCAGUGUUGAAGACUUUGCAAAGCUGGGAAUUGUUAUUGAAGAAUGA